AUGACGGCGGGAAAUGCCGCGAUCGAGCAGGAGUGCGCGCUGGAUCCAGCGAUGGCGGAGCUUCGGCAGCACCUACUCCGGCAUCGCAUCACCUUCUGCGUCUUUGACAUGGAUUUGACCGUAACCAAAAUGCACACGAGAGGGGCCUUGCCUCGUGAUCCGGACACCAUGAGGUCCUACCUCGAAUCCGGGCGUGCGACGGAUGCCGUCAAGACGAUGAAGCUGUGCCGAGCCCUGGGCCUCACCAUCGGGAUCGCGACGUUCCAGAGAGAGGUGGACGACUCGGCGCACAUUGGCGGCUCGCACCUUGUCCGCCGCGUCCUUGGGGCGAUCGGUGCCGGGGACCUGGUGAGCGACCGGGAUGUGGUCGCCCUGACCUCCUCGCAGUACUCGGAGAUGAUCCGGCACCAGGAGAGCUACACCAAGAACGACAUGAUCCGCGUGCUGUUCGAGAGGCGGGGGGAGGCGUACUCCCCGGGGAACACCCUGCUGAUCGACGACACCCGGCGGAACGUCGAGGCAUUCGUUAGGAUAGGCGGCCACGGGCUCCUCGUGGAGGGGGGGCAGGGGUUGAUCCUGCGGAACGCGAAGAUCGAUCGCCUCACGACGAUUGCCAAGGGCUAG